GUUUCCUGCCUUGACUCCGAAGACCGGAUCUCCGCCCCCCUCUCCGACCCCCAAAUUCUCUGGCCAAAAGCCGACAGCGGCCACGCCUACGCUGCCAAAGCAAGAAUAGAGAAGAAAGCGAGGCAGCUCCCGCCCGCCUCUCCCGCCUCUUCUCUCUUCUCUCUCUUUCAAUCUCUCUACUCCGCCCCCCUUCCUCUUGCAUACGGCUCCUGAAUCCAAUCGCACCUCUCCCAUCAUCCAUCCCCUUUCGGUCGUGAUUGGCCUCUGCGGGCGCGUGCCGUGGUCUUCGAGGAUCUAAUGGACCAGUAUGAGAAGGUGGAGAAAAUUGGGGAGGGGACUUACGGGGUGGUGUACAAGGCUCGGGAUCGUCUCACCAACGAGACAAUAGCUCUGAAGAAGAUCCGGCUGGAGCAAGAGGAUGAGGGGGUCCCGAGCACCGCCAUCCGAGAGAUAUCUCUCCUGAAGGAAAUGCAGCACAGUAACAUUGUUAGGUUGCAGGAUGUAGUCCACAGUGAGAAACGAAUUUAUUUAGUUUUUGAGUAUCUAGACUUGGACUUGAAGAAGCAUAUGGAUUCUUGCCCAGAACUUGCUAAAGAUCCUCGUUUAAUUAAAACAUAUCUGUAUCAGAUACUUCGUGGCAUUGCCUAUUGUCAUUCACAUAGGGUCCUUCAUCGAGAUCUGAAGCCUCAAAAUCUAUUAAUUGAUCGGCGUACAAAUGCGUUGAAGCUUGCAGACUUUGGGCUCGCUAGAGCUUUUGGCAUUCCUGUCCGAACUUUCACACAUGAGGUGGUAACACUUUGGUAUAGAGCACCAGAAAUCCUCCUCGGGUCCAGAAAUUACUCAACACCUGUUGAUGUGUGGUCAGUGGGCUGUAUUUUUGCUGAAAUGGCGAAUCAGCGACCCUUGUUUCCUGGAGACUCUGAGAUUGAUGAAUUAUUUAAGAUAUUCAGAAUCUUGGGUACUCCAAAUGAAGAAAUUUGGCCUGGAGUUACUUCCUUACCUGACUUCAAAUCUGCUUUCCCCAAGUGGCUUCCCAAGGAUCUAACAACAGUAGUCCCAAAUCUUGAAGCUGCAGGAAUUGAUCUUCUAUCGAAAAUGCUCCACUUGGACCCGAGCAAAAGAAUCACAGCUCGACAGGCUCUGGAUCAUGACUAUUUCAAGGAUCUCGGAUUGAUGCCCUGACUAUUCUCACGACGAUUCAUGGCGAACCAUCUGCUUGUGUCUCUGCUACCUCCAUCGCGAUUGCCCCUCUAGAUUAAUUGCCAUAUGGUGCUCUUGCUUCGAUCUCAUCAGAAACCACUGCUUGACAUGGCUUUGUUUGGCGCAAAAGGAGGCGUUCUUCCUAAGUACCAUGUGUAAGUUAAGCCGAUACAACAGUAUGCUGCCACUUUUAUUUUUUAUGUGUGAGAUAUUUCUUCUCUCUCUUCUUUAUUUGGAACCAAUAGUUGGGUCUGUAGCUUUACCGCUUCAGAUAGCGUGUAGUCUCGUGUGUAUGAUUGACAUUUUCACUUUCGUGUUUAGCUUGCAAGAAUGUUUGUUUCAAGUUAUUAUGCCACAAAAUCUAAACUUA